AUGGACCUGGAGGCGCUGCGGGCGGUGGUGCAGCGAUACAUCCACAACCACAUGUACCAGGCAGCCUGUUACUGGGCAGACAAGGUGUUCUCACUCUCGGGGGAGGCGACCGAGGACCUGGUGACGCUGGCGCACUGCUACCUGCUGAUCAAGCAGCCACAGCGGGCCGUGCAGCUGGUGCGCAGCUCCGGUCUGCACCGCACGCACGACGAGUGCCGUUACCUGGCGGCGCGCGGCCUGUACGAGACGCGCGCCUUCCAGGAGGCGCUGGCCCCGGCGCACCUGCUGCUGCUCAAGGGCCGCGUGCACGAGGCGCUGGAGAACCGGCCGGUGGCGGCGCAGUGCUACCGUGCCGCGCUCAUGGCCGACGUGCUCUGCCACGAGGCGUUCGACGCGCUGCUCGGCCACCAGAUGCUGACGCUAGACGAGGAGCGCCAGCUGAUGGACGCCCUGCCGCUGGAGCGUCAGCUGCCGGCCGCCGACGCCGACGCUGUGCGCCGGCUCUACCAGCUGCAGCUCAAGAAGUACACGGCGCCGGAGGAGGCGGCUGAGCAGCACUACUACAACUGCGACUACGCGCGCUGCUUCCGGCUGACAUCCGAGGUGCUGGAGCGGGACCCGGACCACGCGCGCUGCCUGCCCGUCCACAUCGCCUGCCUGCUCGAGCGGCGCAAGACCAACGCGCUCUUCCAGCUGGCGCACCGGCUGGUGGACGCCUACCCGGAGAGCGCACUCGCCUGGUUCGCCGUCGGCACCUACUACUACGCCAUCGGCAAGAUGGAGCCGGCGCGCCGCUACCUCAGCAAGGCCACCACGCUGGACCCCGUGUUCGGGCCGGCGUGGCUGGCGUACGGGCACAGCUUCGCGCUGGAGAACGAGCACGACCAAGCGAUCUCGGCGUACUUCCGCGGCUCGCAGCUGAUGCGCGGCUGUCACCUGCCGCUGCUGUACGUCGGGCUGGAGUACGGCCUGACCAACAACGCCCGGCUAGCACGCCAGUUCCUGGGCCAGGCGCUGGCCAUCGCGCCGCGCGACCCGUUCGUGCUGCACGAGCUGGGCACCCUGCUGUUCGCCGGGCGUGAGUACGCCGAGCUGGUGCAGCAGGAGUGGCACACGGUGGCUGCCGACCGCUGGGAGCCGCUGUUCAACAACCUCGGUCACACGUACCGCAAGCUCGGCCGCUACUCGGACGCGCUGGAGGCGCACGAGCAGGCGCUGGUGCUCGAACCGCACAGCGCAUCCACCUACGCCGCCAUCGGCUUCACGCACGCGCUCAUGGACCAGCCGGCCAAGGCGGUGGACGCGUUCCACAAGGCGCUGAGCCUGAAGCGGGACGACGCCUUCAGCACGCAGAUGCUGGGCAGCGUGCUGGAGCAUGACGUCAGCCUACGGAUGAUGGACUCGAGCGGUGACAUGAGCCUCGAGCUGGACGAUAAGUAG